AUGAUAUUAAUGACCUUGCCCUUGUGACGAAAGUCGAACGUAUGCCGCGUUGCUAAUAUCUCAACUUUCCCUACUGUAAUACCCUUGGAGACGGUCCUCGUCGCCAGCCUUUCAGUCCUUUCCUGUGGUUAUUAGACAAAAAACAACUUCGUAUCCAACUUUUCAAGCAUGUUCUUCAUGCGUUCGCUGUCGUUUCUGGCUACACUCGUUUUCACGUUCUCCCUCACACAUCAUGUUCAUGCCGAUGCCCAUGGUUCCAGAGGUGUCGCUAUGAGACGUCGUCAUCCUGUCAACGUAUUGGAACGUAGGGCACAGUUUGCGAAUGCCCGCUUCACGUUCUACAAGGCUGGACUAGGCGCAUGCGGACAGGUUAAUGGCAAUGACGAUUUCAUUGUUGCGAUGAAUGUGCCGCAAUUCAACGAAGGCCAUUGCUUUGAAACAAUCACACUCUCUUACGAGGGCAAGACCACCCAGGCUCAGGUUGUAGAUGAGUGCAUGGGAUGCCCUUUCGGGGCGAUCGACUUGUCUCCCGGACUCUUCUCUUUCUUGACUAACGGCAACAUGGACGCGGGAGCGAUCCUUGGUGAAUGGAGCUUCGGUAAGGGUGAUCCUCCGAAACCCACCACUACAUCCACACCUCCACCUCCCCCUCCUACAACUUCGCACACGCCCAGCACGACGUCCACUCCACCUCCACCUCCCACCACGACGUCGAUUUCAACGUCUCAAACACCUACUUCGACGAGUCACUCAAAGACAUCAAGCAGUACUUCAUCCUCACGCACGAGCUCGGCUACUCCCACUUCAACUAGCUCCAGUGCUGCACCUACUCCUACUCAGGCGGUGAUUGAGGUGGGCACACUGAACAGCAUCAACCAGGCGUUCCUUGGUGUUGCAGCCCUCGCUGUUGUUGCGGGACAGGCAAACUAAAUUGACGGACAGCCUCGCACGGAUUUUGGACUUUGCACUUCUUACUUGUUAGCACGUUGUUGUCGCACGAAAAAGCUAUGGUAUAUAUUGGUAUAGAAUAUUUUUAAUCCGCAUGGUCUUGGCGUGGGCGGUGAUGAUUGGCCGCCAGCGCUGGUUGCU